AUGCUUUCAGCCCAGUUCAGUCCUGCUAAGACAUAUGAAGAGUGGUGGGCAUACAAAGAGGCUGUCCAAGGGAGUUUUGUACCAGGUCCUGCAUUUUGGGGUCUGGUGAACUCUGCUUGGAAUUUGUGUACAAUUGGCAAACGACAAUCACCGAUUAACAUUAAUACCAGUCAAAUAAUCUUUGAUCCCUUUCUACCACCACUCAGACUAAGCAUGAAUGGAAAACAGGUCAGUGGGACAAUGCAUAAUACAGGGCGCCAUGUCUCAUUUCGUCUGGACAGUCAGCAUCCAGUUAAUAUUUCUGGUGGUCCCCUUUUAUAUACUCAUCGUCUUGAAGAGGUGAUGUUACACUUUGGUAGUGAAAAUGGAAUUGGCUCAGAACAUCUCAUGAACAAGGAGUCCACAGCUGGUGAGGUUCAGCUGAUUCAUUAUAACCAGGAGUUAUACAGUAAUGUCAGCGAAGCAUCACGGAACCCUAAUGGCCUGGCUAUAAUAUCUUUAUUCAUUAAUGUGGCGGAUAACUCCAAUCCAUUUCUCAACAGGAUGUUGAACAGAGAAACCAUCACAAGGAUAUCUUUUAGAAAUGAUGCCAAUUUUAUACAGGAUCUCAGCAUAGAAGAUUUGUUUCCAGAGACAUUUGGAUUUUUGACAUAUCAGGGUUCUAUGACUAUACCACCAUGCUAUGAGACUGUCACAUGGAUUAUUAUUGAUAGACCAAUAAACAUCACUUCAAUGCAGAUGCACUCUUUACGCUUACUGAGCCAGAACCAACCAUCUCAGAUUUUUCAAAGCAUGAGUGAUAAUUUCCGUCCAGUACAGCCUCUCUUCCAUCGUGGACUGAGAGGAAACAUUGAUUUCCGCAAACCAGGAAGGAAAUGCAAAGGAGCGAACUACAAACUUUACAUUGACAGGCCAACGUCUUCCUCAAACUCAACUUGAGAGAUUCCAGCCAUUAACCAGCAAAUAUCGAAAUCAACGAUUAUAAUGAAAAUUGUAAACAGAAAAACAAACUUAGUGUCUAUUUUUGUUUAUUUGUUCAGUAGAACAAAUCUGAAAAUUAUUAUUUUUUAUUUCAUAUCAAUGCCAAGUGAUAACAUCAUGGAGAGUAAACGUAACAAGCAGAUCUACCAAUUGUUAUCAACUUCAAAAAGUAUUUAAUUUAUUACAUGUUAAAUGGGCAACAGCUGAUUGAAUUGCAAGCAUUAAACAAAUUACUGACAAUACAAAUUAAAACUAUAAUAAAAUCUACUUUUCUUGGGCUAUUACGUUAACAUGAUUCUGUAUUAAAAUAAAUGUCUUCUUUCGUUAUGGUUGUCAGUAUUUCACAUCA